AUGAGUUUCAACGCUUCUCUUUAUUCAAGCGAUGAGGACCUUCACUUCGAACAGGCGUUUAAAGACGCCCAAAUAGGAAUUAUCCUAAUGUACGCAGUCACAUGUAUAAUAGCGGUAGUAGGGAACACAUGCGCUGUGUAUGUGGUAGUUUCCAGAAGGAGAAUGCGCAACGUCACCAACUACUUCAUCGCCAGCUUGGCCAUCAGCGAUAUCCUUAUGGCGGUUAUCUGCAUUCCCUUCAGCCUCGUCGCCAACGUCCUCUUCAACUACUGGCCUUUCGGGGCAGCCCUGUGCCCUAUUGUCACAUACUUACAGGUAGCAGUGGUUUUUCAGAACGCCUACACGAUGCUGGCCAUGAGCCUGGAGAGGUACAUCGCUAUCAUGCAUCCGUUCAUGGUACGUUUAGGCAAAAAACGCUGUCUUCAAAUUGUAACAUUAUGCUGGGUGCUAGCUUUUUUAACGCCGAUUCCAACAGCGGCUACAUCGAGGGUGGAAAUACCUGAAGGGCACAACGAUACGUAUAUAUGCAUGGAGAUAUGGGAUACGGAUAAGCAGCGGUUUUCUUAUUCUGUGACCAUUAUGAUUCUUCAGUACUUCGUUCCACUGGUUGUCCUCAUUUACACUUAUUCGCAAAUAGUGCGGGUAAUAUGGCUGAAGGAGAUGCCCACGCCAGGAGAACUGUUGUCACAUGCUGAACCUGGACACAAGCCGAAAGAUAAGGAAGCCGAUCCGAGGAAAAAAGUAAUCAAGAUGAUGAUCACAGUGGUGGGCAUCUACAGCAUCUGCUGGCUGCCACUACACGCCAUCACCAUCGCCUCAGACGUCGACGACUCGAUCUUCAUCCCUCGAUACAUGCGUGUGGUCUGGAUCGCGGCCCACUGGCUAGCCAUGAGUAGCUGUGCCUACAACCCUUUUAUCUACUGGUGGAUGAACCCUAAAUUUAGGGACGGCUACAUUUCCAUUCUCCACAGUCUCCGGUCCAUGGUAUUUUUCUUGUGCGAUAUCGGAAGAGGCAGAAAGGAAUCCGCUGCUUCGUUUGGAAACAGACGGUUUUUUUCACGAUUUGGAAACGGCUCGGGCAAUAACCUGUCAAGUCGCCGACACUCAUCGACGCAGAUGGUAGAGUUUACAGGUAGUUUCUGUGAUGGUCCGCGCAGAUGCGAAACUGCCAUGCUAACUGACCAACAGAUAAAAGAGAAACCGAUUGUCAAGGACGCUGAGUAUUUGCCAGAACUUAGUAAAAUAUCGGAAGUCACAGAAAAUGGAACUAGCUCUUAUGGAAUUAAGGCAAAUCAAUCUUACAUUGAUGACAAAUUAGAACAUGAGUUCCGUACAUGA